GAGGAGGCCGCAUUGAGCUCAGGCUCCUGCGCGGGCGGGAGGGCGAAGGGGCCUUCGCGGGAGGACCCGACUGUGCCAGCAACAUGGCAGCGUCCAGCCGGGCCCAGGUGCUGCGGCUGUACCGGGCCCUGCUGCGGGAGAGCCAGAGCUUCACCGCCUACGGCUACAGAACAUAUGCAAUCAGAAGGAUAAGAGAUGCCUUCAGAGAAAACAAACAUUUAAAGGAUUCAGAAGAGAUACAAACGCUAGUGAAUAAAGCAAGAACAAACCUAGAGAUUAUUCAUCGGCAGUAGUCCAAACUGAGGAGAAUUGUGCUUUAUACAGAAGAUUCUUUUGCAGAGUGACCAACAAUACACCAUAAACUUCUGGAGGAGUACUAUGUGAGGGUUUCCCUGAUUAGUGCUAACUUGUCUUCCUGGUAUAACCAUGUUCAGAGUGAACAGAUGGACGGUGAUGACUCCUCUCUUUAAUAUCGUUUGAAUUGUUUGACUUUCCUUUCUUAUAUAUAUGAAUAUGAACUGUAAGAAGAAUGUUCAUGAGCUAUGACAAUUCUGUUUAAGGGGCUGUGCUUAUAAUACUACGUACCAAAUGCUUAAAAUAUUUUUCACAUUCACAGCAUAUUAUAAACCUCUUCUAAUCCUUGCAGUAUUCUUUGGGAUUGGUAAGCAUUGUCUCCAUUUCAUUGAGAUGAAAACUGAAGCAUUGUUGAGUGAUACAGCCAAAGUCACUGUCAGAUCCUGUAUUAGAACUCAGGAGUUCCUGUCUCCCAGUCAUGUGAUUAUGCUACACCUGUCUUAAUCUUGUAACAGUCUUGGUUUUUCCAUUGCAAUUUACUGUAAUUAGUUGGCAAGUAUAUUUCAUGUUAGAACCUCUGUUUGUGUAUUCUCUACCGUUAGAACAAUUCUCCUGGAUUAAUAGUUUGGUUUUUGAGUUACAUUAUAUCCGAUGCAGUAGGACAUAUCCAGAGUGCUUGACCUUCUUGAUGCAGUCGUUGCCAAUAUGUCCCCUCAGCAGUGUUAUGGAUGCAAGCAACUGCUUGGUGGUACCAGAGGUUAUGGCUGAUGAAUGUACUAGAACAGCACUAGUAUUAUUACGAAUCAGUAAUAAUAUAUCUGCAGCAUAAAAAAUAAAGCAUAGAAUAUUUUGAAUCUUUUUGUUCUUUCAGCACCUCCUAAGUGGUUUGGUUAAAUGACAUUCAUUUAGUACUGUAUGUGCUGUUGUAUUCAACAUUUUAUUUUUAAUGUUCACGGGUUUUUAGAGAAUGUUAGAGGGGCACAGACAAUUUGAAGUGUAGUCAGUUUGAAAAGCAAAAACUAAAUUUUGUUUAGCUACUGCACUUGCUUUUGGAUCCCACUGCCAGUGUUUUUUUUGGUUUUACCACCACAUUUUCCUGUUGUUUUACACAAACGGGGCUGGCUGACUAUUUGGGGGGAGCAAUGGAAUUGACUCAUACAGACACAAACUAACAUAAUUCAGAAAUAAGGGUUUUGUUUUUCCCUCUGAUCUUUUCAGUUCUAAUAAUCUUAGUUUUACUUACAACCGUGGCAGGUAAAAUAGUUUAGGAAGAAGUGGGCAUUUACUUUUUAAGCAUUCAGAGUGCUAGGUCCAGUCUACAAAAUCUUUAACGGAUUUGGAGUUCACCACCAUAUAGAUCUUCUCACCCUCCAAGAAAGCUACUUAGACUACUAAGCGUUAGAGGCAGAAUGCACUUAGCAGCAGAAUCUUGACUAUGAAACUUCUUGCUAGUAAUGUUAAUUUAAGGUUAUAGAUAAGAUAAACAUUAGGGGGUUUUUUUCCACUUGUUAUUUGAGAGUUGCAAAAUUAUACAAUAUCUUUGAUUAUGUAAUGGCAAUUCUGUAGCCAAGAGCACAGCAUAGUUGGAGAAAGCCUUGAACCCCACAUUCAUAAGAUUGUUUGAACACCCACAACGUCCUUGAAAAUUUUAUACUGUUUACUGUUGAUGCUGGGGGUCCAUGAACCAAAAAUCUGAACGUUUCUGUUCCUACUGACAACAAAUUAUGUUUGUACACGAAUGAGGUUUCUUUUUAUCAGAUUUGCUACUUGGAAAAAAACAUGUAAAGAUGGCAAAUGAAUUUACUGCUUACUUCAA